AAAAUGUUUAACAUUAAAUUAAUUAAAUUUUUAAGACAUAUAUAUAUAUUAGUGCGUUUUAGAUUUUAGCAUUAACUUCCAACGCUUGUUUGGUAUACCUGUUCCGCUUCCACAUGAAAAUGUCCAAAGUUAUAUAAGUGCGUAAUGGGACUUUUCAAUAGGAAACUUACAAAUCUCUGAAUAUAUUUAAAUCUUACAUAGAAAAUUAAUUUUAUAUAGUAAAAUACGUGUUCGAAUAUCGAUUGUCGAUAAUCAUUUUGGUCAAAUUAAGAAUUAACGGUUUAACCAUUUUAGUAUUAUUGUAUCAACUUAUAUAUAAUAGUAACCGAGGAAACAUUACACGAAACACUUAUUUAAUUUUCACCUAAUGCCAACAACAUUAAAAAUAUACGAUAAGUGUAACUAUCUAUUCGUAACACGGCCAUGAAUAACUUAAAAAAGUAUAGCGUUAAUGUAAGGGAAGGUAAUUGGGUGGAAGAAACCUUUCUACAAGGUGAAAUUGUUAGAUCUUUUUUAGAAAAAAAAGAUAAAGGCGAACUUCUUAUUCAGAAAACAAGGAAAAUGUACGCAAGUCUUUUAAAACCUAUGACAUUAAGUUCAAGUAAUGAGUAUAUAAAAUAUGGCGAAUUUACUCAACUUAUAUGCCCUAAUAUUUUAAAAGUUUGCAAGUCCGGAGUUUCUCUUUCUUGCUCCGUUGGGGGAACAGCUCUAGAUGAACAAGAAUUAGGUUUAAGGUUCCUCUUGACUGGUUCACCAUUCAUCGAACCAUGCGUUAGAAAUUGUUUUAAAAUAUUAGGUUUUGAGAGUGGAUGUGAUGAUGGAAAACCUGUGAAGUUCGGAGACACAUUUGCUAUUACGCCUUGUGUUUCAUCCAAACCUUUGUAUGUUUGUGUUGAAAUGCCACGUCUUAGUGUAGAACAAGGUUUAUCCAAUCAUCCUGUUCUAAAACUGACGGAUACCCUUGAUGUAUACUGUCGGUGGAGAGUAAACUAUUGGAAAAAAAACCUACAAAUGGAAGCAGAAGGAUUACCUAUUCCGAACGGAACUUGUGUGCUACUCAAUCACUCGUCUACUAACCAAAACGUUGCUGUUGAAACAAAAUUCUUGUUAGAUACGUUUUUUGGUAAAGAAUAUGAAGUAACUGCUCAUUCUUACAAAGGCAUUAGAGGAUGUGAUAAACCAGAGAACUUGUGGCAGUUUAUUACAUCUAGUCACCCGACAAAAGAUAUUCAAAAAACAAACAUCAAGUCUUGAUAUUUAAUCAAUUUUAUUGUAAAUUUGAAAAUAACACAACAAACACACAAUUUUUACAAAAGAUUUUUUUUUAUAGGCGUUUAAG